UGAGGGAGCGGGAUCCUUCGUGUCUCAGUCCACUGAAAGCUCAGUUUCACCAGAGUGCUUCAAACUGUCUCUACCUUUGUCUCUGACAACGCCGCGUCACUUUGAUGGGGAAUUCGAUAUCAGGGCGGGAAAAUGCCUGUUAUGAAGGGAUUGCUCGCGCCGCAGAACACAUUUUUGGAUACUAUAGCGACGCGUUUUGACGGCACACACAGCAACUUCAUCCUGGCCAAUGCACAAGUGUCCAAAGGCUUCCCGAUCGUGUACUGCUCGGAUGGAUUCUGUGAGCUCACUGGAUUUGCCCGAACCGAGGUCAUGCAGCAGAGCUGCGCAUGCAAGUUUCUGUAUGGGCCGGAGACCAACGAGCACAUCAUUCUUCACGUGGACUCUGCGCUUGAGGAACGGAGCGAGCUCAAGGAGGAGAUAAUGUUCUACAAAAAGAGUGGUAGUGUGUUCUGGUGUCUGCUGGAUAUUGUGCCUAUCAAGAAUGAGAAAGGAGAUGUUGUCCUUUUCCUCGCCUCUUUUAAAGACGUCACAGACACCAAAGCCAAAUCUAUACUUGAGGAGAAGAAAGACGAGUGCCGCCGCGAGAAGGUCAAGGGCGGGUCUCCAUUUGGCUCCACUCGGCUGCGAUCUAGCACAGUUCUGUACCACAUUUCAGGACACCUGCACAACCGUCAAAAAAAGAGUAAAAUCAAACUUAACAAGAAUGUGUUUGGUGAUCCGCCGGCUCUCCCUGAAUAUAAGGUCGCUGAUGCCAAGAAGUCCAAGUUCAUUCUUCUCCACUUCAGCACCUUCAAAGCCGGCUGGGAUUGGCUAAUCCUACUGGCUACAUUCUAUGUUGCCGUGACGGUGCCGUACAAUGUUUGUUUUAUCGGUGAUCAAGACUUGACACGGAGCACCACUGUCACGGACAUUGCCGUCGAGAUUCUCUUCAUCAUUGACAUCGUGUUCAGUUUCCGCACCACGUACGUGAGUAAGUCGGGGCAGGUGAUCUUCGAUGCACGGCAGAUCUGCAUCCAUUACAUGACCACCUGGUUUAUCAUCGACCUGGUUGCUGCUCUGCCCUUUGAUCUCCUUUACGCUUUCAAAGUCAGCGUGGUGUCAGUGGUCCAUCUGCUAAAGACUGUGCGCCUGCUGAGACUCUUGCGCCUGCUGCAGAAGAUGGACCGUUACUCCCAGCACAGUACGGUGGUGCUGACCCUGCUCAUGUCCAUGUUUGCACUGCUGGCCCACUGGAUGGCCUGCAUCUGGUACAUCAUCGGCAAGAAAGAGGUGGAGAGCAACGCAGACACCUGGGAUAUAGGUUGGCUGCAUGAGCUCGGGAAGCGGUUGGAGUCUCCAUAUGAGGAGGUGGGCAUGGAAGCGGUCAACAGAACGCUGAGCAGUGGACCGUCUUUGCGGAGCAUCUACAUUGCAGCGCUGUACUUCACCCUCAGCAGUCUGACCAGCGUGGGCUUCGGAAACGUCUCUGCCAACACAGACGCAGAGAAGAUCUUCUCCAUCUGCACCAUGCUUAUCGGAGCAUUGAUGCACGCUCUGGUCUUCGGCAACGUGACGGCCAUAAUCCAACGCAUGUACUCACGCUGGUCCUCUUACCACACACGCACUAAAGACCUGAAGGACUUCAUCCGUGUGCACCACCUACCCCAGAGCCUCAAACAGCGAAUGCUGGAGUACUUCCAGACCACCUGGUCCGUCAACAACGGCAUCGACUCCAACGAGCUCUUGAGAGACUUUCCAGAUGAGUUGCGUUCGGACAUCGCAAUGCAUCUGAAUAAAGAGAUCCUAGAGCUUUCCGUCUUCUCAUCUCUGAGUCGUGGGUGUCUCCGCUCUCUCUCCUUGCACAUUAAGACGACGUUUUGCGCACCGGGCGAGUAUCUUCUUCGGCAGGGAGAUGCUCUACAGGCUCUUUUCUUUGUCUGCUCCGGCUCCAUGGAGGUGCUGAAGGACAGCAUGGUGUUAGCCAUCCUCGGUAAAGGCGACUUGAUUGGUGCCAACAUGUCAGUUGAUGACCGCGUCAUAAAGACAAAUGCUGACGUCAAGGCACUGACAUACUGUGAUCUGCAGUGCAUUAAUCUGAGGGGUCUGUAUGAGGUGCUCGACCUGUAUCCUGAAUACUCCCACCGUUUUGUGCAGGACAUCACGCACGACCUCACCUAUAACCUGAGAGAGGGUCAAGAGAGCCAUGUCAUAUCCAGGAUGUCCAGUAAGUCCAUGGACACACAGAUGGAAGGGAGGGGAAAUGGAGACGUGAUCCAGUGCUAUCCACCAAUAGCUGAGCAUCAAGACGAGGGAGAUGAUGAUGAUGAAGAUGAUCAGAUACAUUAUCUCAGUGGUGGAACCAAACAGAAAAUGCACAUGCAGAAAAAUGAUCACCAAACCAACAAAAAGCUCCAGUUUCAGCAUACAACUGUUACAAAGCCUGACCUCGCAAAUCUCAGCCCAAGGGUUGUGGACGGCACAGAGGACAGUGAUGGUACAGAAAAUUCCCACACGUUUAUAUUUUCCUCCGGUCAUCAGCACACUGUCAGUGGUGCAACUAAUACCACUGCCACCACAGCAGAUUUAGCAGCUAAAUCGGAGGACACCAGAGGACAGCUACGCUACCUUAACCAAGAGGUAAGCUCUCUUGGACGGGAGGUGGCUGAGCUGGGACGAGUCAUGCGGAGUCUUGCCUUUCUCAUCGAAUCUAUGAUGGCCUCUCCUCAAACACCAGGUGUCUGUACAUCCGCAUUUACCUCGGGACAUCACUCUCCUCCUAUCCCCUUUCAGGGAGAAGGUUCUUCCUGGGCCAGCCCGCCUUUUCCUUCACAGAUGCACCCUGGAAUACGUCAGGGAGGACUUGUAUCCCUUCCACUCAGGCCACAAGAACUGCAGCUGGUCUGCCCCACCACGUCUCCCAGUUCCUUUCCUGUCACACUUUCCACAUCCCCCCAUACGGACAGAUUCAAAGAGCCUUUACUGGCCCUUUCUCCGCACAGCGCAGUUGCUCGGACCCGCUCGCAGAGCCUAGAGACACCUCUUCCACAACAUCAUCAACACAUCUCACAUGCCCCUGGAACUUUACCCAGAGCUGGACAGCCAUUGCUGGGAGAAGGGCAGGAUCUCAGGUCCCUGGGUUUGUAGCAAUCAACCUUUAAAAUGGACAAGUUCCACUGGAAUCUGCGUGUUGACCUGGACUCAGGACUGAACUGAUAAGAUAAGUGGUACACGCACUGCCAAAGCCAUGGAGCAAUGGUUCCUUCGAAGAUAUACGUGUUUACCCUUUCAGUUUUUAAGAUAAUCUCUCUAACGGCAUGUUUUUGAAUGCUAGAAACUAAAGGGAUAUCUCUAAUCAGGAAAACUACACUAAACAAUUUAGUGUAGAAACAGUUUUCACUAUAUAAUUGCUAUUAAAUUUCACAAUUAAUUUUAAAGCAGCAGCAAGUAACACAUGAAAUUUCUAAGUAGAAAUUUUUAUUUUCUUGUAAAACACUCCAAAAAUCUUUUUUUUUUUUUUUUUUUUUUUUACAACUUUGAAAAAUUAUUUUUUACAGCUUAUUUGGAGUUCCAACAGCAGACAGUUUACUAGGACCUAACCUCCCUGCUAAAACAAACGGUUUGUGAUUGAGAUUCAACCCACAUUUCACAUUCACUGCAUUCAUUAUAUGUCCAAGUACUGUUAAUAUUAAGAAAAACUUCAGGGGCCAGUUCCAUUAAACAAAGCCACUAUGUUAUAGAACUAUUCUGACCAGCUAAGAGUUAAUUAGUAGUAAGCAGUCAAUCAUCCACGGCUCAAAAUUUGACUAAACUUUUAUGCCUAAAUAAUGUCCCCCCACAAAAUAAACUUCUAUGUAAUGAAAUGUUCUAGAUUUAUUACAAGUUGCGCUUUAUCACCAUCUGUGACAUGCUGUCGAUUAUCACCGUAAAAAGAUUGACAGUGUUCCUUGGGUUGUAAAUCGCAAUUAUAUUAAUGUAUUUCCAAUGGCAGUCUAUGAAUAACACUAAAAUAUACACCAUAGAUGUUAACCGACCUUUGGUAGUCCCACUAGUAAAAGGACAAUUUACAGCUCCAAUAAAAAUGGAUAUUAGGAUGGAAAAAUUAACUUGUUUUCAACCUGGAACAUUACUUUAAAACUGUCAUUUUUAGUAAUAAUUUUCUGGAACCUAAAAUCUUAACGCUAACAUCAUGACUUUGCUCAGUAAAAGGAUGGGAAGAAAUCUUGCAGGUUGACUGGUAUGCUAAUGCUGCUGGAUGCUAUCUGUCUAGUUAAGUAAAAAGAGAGAACUUCCAUAUUCAGAAUUUAUAUUAGAAAAUCAGCUCUUUAAUCAGAUAUAAUGUAUGCUUAAAAGUACGAGUUCUAUUAAUCAAGGUUCUUAGUGCUUGAUGACUGACUUUACCCUGUAAUUUAGUCAGAUUAGCCAUGUAUGGUGUAAAGAUACAAUGAAUCUGCUUGUUUUAAAAUGCUAUGUAUAACAAUUUAACUAGUUGAUGGGUUGUCUGAACAACUAGUCAGUCUUAAAAAAGCAUUGCAUAAUUAAUAAUAGUCAUGUCACGUCCAUUGGAGACUAAUCUGACUAGUCAGGCAUAUAUGACAAGAUGGUUAAAGAAACUCUUCAACAAUAAGCUGACAGAUAUUCAAUAAAUAAGCUAAAUAA